AUGAGCGCAGCGACGCCUCCCGCUCUCCCCAAGCCGCUUUCGGGCCGCGAACUCGACCUCCUCGAGAAGGCCAACUCGUCGCCCUCGACCGGCGCGUCGAGUGGCCAAACAAGCGAGCGACGGUCGCUUCGCAUUGCCAUUGUCACGGAGAACUUCUUGCCCAAGAUCGACGGAGUGACGAGGACGCUGGCCAUGCUGCUCGAGCAUUUGCAGGCGGAGGGUCACGAAGCGUUGGUGUUGGGUCCUGCGAGUACCCUCACGUCGUACGCUGGCGCUGAGGUCGUCUCGACGAAAGGCAUCCCUCUCCUUGGUGUUUACCGGGGCUUGGGACUCAAUUUCCUGCGACCCCGCUUCAUUCGCAAGCUCCGCGAGUUCAAGCCCGACAUCAUCCAAUUCACCGACCCGAUCUGGCUUUGCGCCCAAACGAUCCCGAUGGUUCAGUACUACUUCCCCGACACGCCUCUCGUCAGCUCCUACCACACGAACCUCGCCAUGUACGCCACGCUCUUCGGCUUCUCCUGGCUCACUCCCGUAAUGUGGUCGCUUCAGCGCAACCUGCAUGGCCGGUGUAACCUCAGCUUCUGCCCUUCGCCGUCGACCGCUCGCAUGCUCGAGCAGCAGGGCUUCCAGAACUUGCGGAUAUGGCCAAGGGGCGUCGACGUCGAGAUGUUCCGACCAGAAGCGCGCGACUACGCUCUCCGCCAGAGCUGGGGAGUCGAACCGCAAGACCUCGACGCGGACCGACCAUCUCCUCGCGUCCACGCUUCCGACAGCCGCAUCUCCUGCGACGAGCUGCCACCGCUGAACCUCCCUCCGCCUUAUUCUGCCCAGCCCGCCUCAACCUUCUCAGCGACUUCUCCCAGCAAACUCGUCGUGCUCUACGUUGGCCGCAUCAGCUGGGAGAAGAACCUCCGCCUGCUCAUUGAAGCCUUCCGAGGACUGCAAGAGCCCGACCUCGCGACGAACCGACCGGCCUGCCAGCUUGUCUUCGUCGGCGACGGUCCCGCGCGAGCAGAAGCCGAGUCGCUCUGCAAGAAGUACGGCCUCGACGCGCUCUUCCUCGGCUUCAAGAAGGGUGAGCAGCUCGCCGCUGCCUACGCAAGUGCCGACAUCUUCGCCUUUCCCAGCUUCACCGAGACCUUCGGCCAGGUAGUCAGCGAGGCGCAAGCUUCGGGCCUACCUGUCGUCGGCUUGAAGGCGGAGGGAGUCUCCGACCUCGUUGACCACGGCCGAACGGGCCUCCUUCUCGAUCUCAACGAUCUGAGGCCAGUCGCAACUUCCGGCUCGCAGCCUCCCGCCUACUCUGCCACCCCAUCCGCCAUUCCUUCCGACCCGCACGCCCUCCUCGACCUUUCCUCCCCGACCUUCCCCACCGCCGUCUCCCUCUACCGCUCGCUCAUCGCCUCGCUCGCAACCAACCCUGACCUGCGACGAACGAUGGCCGCGGCAGCAUACGAUGUCGCGUCGAAGCGCUCGUGGUUCGGCGCCAUGGAACAGCUCGUCGACGGCUACCGGGACCUCACGGCGGCCAGGGAUGCUCGUCUCGCCCAGCACGAGAAGGACGAGCUCGCGCUCUCGCGAACGUCGACUAUCGAGUUCGACGUUGUCUGCGACGACAGAGCUGAGAAGGUCGACGGCGAAACCGCCCAGUCCACCGGCGCCAGUACGCCACAGCGUCGCCGUCGUCUCCUCCGGCUCGACGGCGUGUUCAAGCGCAGCGGACGGCGCUUCCAGGACGGAUCGGUCUCGCUGGCGCCGCUCAAGUGGCUCGCGCCCAAGCCUGCGGUCGUCGCUACGAACGGCGGCAUCGUCUUGACCGCCUCGAAGGGCGACGACGGCGCUUCAAGCAAGCUCAUGGUCCACCUCUUCGAGGGCGCCGUCUUCUUCUGCCUCCUCUACGUUGCCGUCAGCUGGAUGGCGCAGCUCGAGGCACUUGCCUUUAUCCGCGUCUGA